GGGUCGCGCGGGGCCGAACUCGGGCAGCGGGCGGGGCGACGGAGGAUCGCGUGCGAGCAUGCAGGCCCGGGAGCCCCCUGCCGCGCCCGGCCCGCCGGCCCUCGUGUCUGUUAUCCUCCCAGUCCACAAUGCUGAGCCGUGGUUGGAUGAGUGUCUGAGGUCUGUUUUGCAACAGGACUUUGAAGGCACCAUGGAGCUCUCUGUUUUUAAUGAUGCCAGUGAGGAUGAGUCUGGGACUAUCAUCGAAAAAUGGAAAGGGAAGCUAGAAGAUUCUGGUAUCCGCGUGAUCAUUGGAGGGCACGAUUCUCCUCCUCGAGGAGUCGGAUAUUCUAAAAAUCAAGCAAUAGCACAGAGCUCAGGGUCUUUCCUUUGCUUUUUGGAUUCGGACGACGCAAUGAUGCCUCAGAGGGUGCGGCUGCAGCACGAAGCCGCCAUCCAACACCCGGCCAGCAUCAUAGGGUGCCGAGUGACGAGAGAGCCCCCAAACUCCACCGAGCGAUACACGCGUUGGAUCAACCAGCUGGAGUCCGAUCAGCUUCUGACCCAGGUGUUCACCUCCAAUGGCCCAACAGUGAUCAUGCCUACCUGGUUCUGCUCUCGAGCAUGGUUCUCCCACGUGGGCCCAUUUGAUGAGGGCGGGCAGGGUGUGCCGGAGGACCUGCUGUUCUUCUACGAGCACCUCAGGAAGGGCGGCGGGGUCGUCCGCGUGGACCAGAGCCUCCAUCUCUACCGCUACCACCUGCACGCUGCCACACACUCCAUCCUCGAGACAACCAUUUGGGCCCACCGUGUCCACUUCCUAGAAGAGCGGGCCCUGCCCCAGUGGGAGGCCUUCACCAUCUGGAACGCGGGUAGGCAGGGGCGCAGGCUGUACCGCAGCCUGACUGCUGCCAGCCGGCACAAGGUGGUUGCCUUCUGUGACGUCGACGAGAACAAGAUCAGGAAGGGCGUCUACUGCUACGAGGACUCCCAGGAGAGGCCCAAGCCCUGUGUUCCCAUUCUGCACUUCCGAGCCGCCCGGCCACCCUUUGUCAUCUGCGUGAAGCUGAGCGCAAGCAGCUUCACACAAAAGGGGUGGCUGGAAAGAGAGCAAGCUGUUCUGGAGAGGACGUCUACAGACAUCUGUGACCAGAGGCCAGCCUCCUGGGGAUGGAAGGCCAUUUAUCUACUCCUCCAACAACCGCAACAGAGAGCAGAUACCCACCUGCCUCAUGCACCCACAGUGUUCGCAGAUGCUGGGCAGGCUGACCCCAGUGUAGUCAUGAAGGCAUCACCUGUGCUCAAAUGACUUACCUCAGCAGAAGAGGCCCAUGCCACGGCCCAGGCUAGCUCCUGCCCCCAGGAUCACAGGAGGGGAGGAUGCCUAAGCCCUCGCCAGGCCCCAACCAUCCCCACCCUGGGCACCCAUCACACCAGGCAGCUGCCAUUUCAGGGUCAGUCCGUGCCAGCAGCUGCCCAGACUGAAAGUGGCCCCAGAAGAACACUCCCUUCCCCUUGGGAUAAAGCAGCAGACGUGGUCCCUCAGCCCCUCACUGGCACUGCCUCCCAGCCCCCAGGUCCUCACUGCCACUGACCCCGACCCCUCCCUCCCUGGCCUGGCUCUGCCCAGCAUCCCCCAGCUUGUUGAGACGCUUGCUGGCACCCCACAGCUCUGUCAGGCCCUUCUAGGUCCACACCUGCACCUUCGGUGACCGUGGCUCACACACUGCUCACUCUGAGGACUUUCUACUGAGCUGCAGCCCUGCAGAUCCCUUUCUUCUGGAUGGGAUCUAAUAAGCAUCUCAACCCAAACAUCUUCAAACUGGAUUUCCAGAGGCCCUGGAUCCCACUGGUGCCAUCCAGUUUCCUGCCAUCCUUCCAGUUGCUCAGUCCAGGAGGUCCACGGCCAUCCCUGGCUCCCAUGUCCCCUGACCUGCCAGCGAGCUCGCAGGUCACAGCAGCACGCACCUAAAGUCCAGCCCUCUCCUGGCUCCUCUCUCACAGGGAUUAACAGCAGCCCCUGGGCUCCCCGCCCCGUCCUCCGAGUCUGUUCUCAGCACAGCGGGAUGCCCCUGCACCUCCAGAGAGGAGCCCAGCACUUGGGCUGCUACAGCAUCAAGAGGACCGCAGCUCCGCAGAACACAUGGGGGCUGAGCAGUGUCGUUCCAAGGCCUCAGCAGCAACAGGGACAAGAACCAGAGCUCGAGCUGACAGAGGUAUGGGCCCAAUAAACACUCAGCUCUGCGAAGGCUCCCGGGCAGCCACUUCUGCCUCAGCCAGGCCAUAGCCAAGCUCCAGCCACUGACAGUCCAGACAGCCCAGUGCUGGACAUGGGUCACGGAGACUCCAGAUUGCCACCGCCCUCCCUCAGGUGCCUGGGAAAGCUACCUAAGGCCCUGCUGCCAAAGCACUUCUUCCCCCCAGGCCUCAACUUACCCCAACAUGAUUCUUCAAAUAUAGCCUCCAGACAGUAAGUGAUAAGCCGAUGCACCACCCACCGUGGACACCCCAGACACAUCACACACCAUGUGCUCACAUGGACACUCCAGACACAGAAACCCCCAAGGACUGCAAAUCAGACACACCUGGUAAGACAACAGGAGAAGGGCAUUCAAGAGGGCGAAAGCCAGGCACAAAAAGGCUGGCAGGGAACUGGAAAUUGAGAAAUGACAUGGCAGACUUGGAAACAAACCGAAUGAGAAACUGUAAAUAAGAGCGCCACAGACAAAUUGAACAGCAGGUCAGAAGUCAUAAAGUAGAGAGGGAAGGAAGUACGUGAAACGCAGGGGGUGACUGACAGCCAGACCCAGUAAAGAGGACGACAGGAAGACGAGGACAAGGGAGAAAACCUCAGGAGGAGGCAGGAACCCCAGAUGCUUUCAGUGCUCAUGACAGGUGACUGCUCAAAAGAAGCCAGAAGGAGUGGGAAAAUACCCUCAAGUGCUGAAAUAAACAGCUGCCUCGAAUUCUAAAGCCUCUGAAAAUAAUUUGCAAAUAAAAGCAGACACAUUACCACCAGCAGACCUCACCAGAGGAGAUUCCAAAGGAUGUUCUUUAGGUAGAGGGGAUGUGAUCCCAGACUGGGGAGGAGGGUGGUGGUCUCCAAAUGCAGUAAGCAACGAGGACAAAGAAAGUAGCAAAAAUGUGGACAAUUCAAAAUAAACACUAAUUGCACAAAACAACAAAUGGAAAAUUACACGUAUCUAAAAAAAAAUAUGUGAAAUAAUGUAACUCAAGAGGGAACAGGCAGAAACCUGUUCCAAUAUCCUGUGCUGUCCAAGAGGAAGGACAAAAUACUGAAAACUGAACUCUGCUAAGUCAAGAAUUUUUGGUGUAAUUUCUAGGCUAAAUUGAAAGAAAAAAGUGAAAAAUCUCAAAUAUAUGAGAAAAACGGAAUACAAAUUAUUUUAUUAAACAGAAGAGGGGGGACACAGCACAACAGAACAAAUGGAAACAUGUUCUCAAAUGGCAGACUUAAACCCAGCAGAUGUGAUGUGCUGCAGAUUUAAUGUCCCCAUAGCGACAGUGUUAGGAGGGUGGGGAAUCCAAUUAUGAUAAUUAAGGCGGAGCCCUGAAGAGCUGGUUAGAUUGUAAGGACUGUGCCCAUGUGAAAGGACUGAUCCAUUCAUGGAGUGAUGGGCGUGGUCCUGGUGGCUUUAAAAAGAAAGUGUGUGCAACAUGCUCGCAGGUGCUCAUGCGCUCUCUCUCUGUCUCUCCCUCUCUGUCUCUCCCUCCCUCCUGGCAUUUUGCCAUGUGAACCCUGUAGAGUCAAUACCAAGAAGGUCCUCACCAGAUGUGUUCCCUGGACUUUGGACUUCCCAGCCUCUGCAACUGUAAGCAAUAAAUAUUGUUCCUCUCAAA